AUGAACCGGCGCAACGGUAACGGCAGCGGCAACGGGAGGCUGGAGUUGCAGCUGAACCUGUCGCCGCCGGUGGGGAUGGAGGUGGACGGCGGCCAUGGCCACGGCAACGACGACAGCGGCUCUUCUUCGCCAAGCUCGUGCGUUUCUUCUGACGGCAGCCCGGGAAGCAGGUCGCCGAUGCUGAUCGGCGCCUGCACGCGCUGCCUCAUGUACUGCAUGGUCGCCAAGAAGGACUACCCCACCUGCAUCAACUGCAAGCAGCCCUGCCUCGUCGACCUCCUCCAGCAAGGCGGCGGCGCCUCUGCCGGACCUGCCGCCGUCUCCGGGGACGGCGACAAGAAGCGCGGCAAGCGCAAGUAA